UGGUGGCGGCGGCGGGGAGGGGGAAGGACGGGGACGGCGGUGGCUCUGCUGCCAGCGCUCGGCCAUGGCCCGCGACCGCGGCCCUCCCGUGCUGCGGCAGCCCGCCGCCCCGCCGCGCUUCCCGCCGGCCGCCGCCGCCUCCCUCCCCGCCGAGGCCCGCGGCUGGGGCUGGCUGUGGCCGGGGCUGUGGCCGGCGCUGGUGGUGGGGCUGCUGGCCGCCCUGGUCGCCUGGCUGUGGUACGGUGACGGGCGAGGCGAGGAGGGAGGCGGCGAGGGGUCCCCGCAGGCGAGGGGCGAAGCGGCGGCGGCCACAGAGGCGACCGGCGAGCAAGCGCUGCUGGAGACCAAGGCUGCUGCCGUGGCCAGCCCUCGGAAGGCAGGAGAGGAUCUGGCGGCUGUUCCAAGGAAAGAGCUUAACCAUGUUUCAAGCAGCCGAGACUCAGACAAACCUCUGGAGAUGGAGCAGCUGCUCCCGAAGCAGGGUGCCACCGACACCAGGGAGCAUCCAGCCGAUGGGCACGGCAGCCAGGCAGGCAAGUUGAGAGGCCCGAUGGGACAGGCAAGUGAUGGAUGGUGCGUGAUGAACUUGGCAGGAGCCUCUGAUGGUGUUUGUAAGGGCAGAAGCGAGGAGCAGCCGGGUCAGCCAGCUGAGAGCAUGGACCAUGAAGAAUGGGAAGUUCUUUCGGAGCACCUGGCCUGGGAGGAGGCUGGCAAGAACGGCAGCAUGGAAGACCCCGACAGCAAGGAAUGGGAACAAGGAGACUGCCCCGAUGGGGACUCGAGAGCAAAGAGAGUUGCGGCUGUGCCCCCCAUGUUUCAAAAUAUCCACGUGACUUUCCGCGUACACUACAUCACCCACUCUGACGCUCAGCUGAUUGGUGUUACUGGUGACCACGAGUGUCUUGGCCAGUGGCACAGCUACGUUCCCCUCAAGUACGACAAGGAUGGCUUCUGGUCCGAAUCCAUUAGUUUGCCAGUAGACACCAAAGUGGAGUGGAAAUUUAUCUUGGUGGAGAACGGGAAGGUCAGACGUUGGGAAGAAUGCGGUAAUAGGACCCUGGUGACUGAACACGAAGAUAAAAUUGUUCAUCGGUGGUGGGGACACCAUUAAUGGGAUUUUGGAAGCCGCUUAUCUGAUGGCAAACCUGCUUAAUCACAGAGCCCCUAAACUUUACCCCUUCUUCGGCAGGAGACCUCCUCAAACGCAGGGCUCUCCAAAUUCCUUGUCAAACCUGGUGAAACUGCGUGCGCAGCAGAUCUCUGCCAUGCCCUUCAGGAAAUCAUUUGGCCACCUGAAAAAUGAACUUCAAACGUGUUCUGAAGGUGUGCAAGGUAGGCUAUGAAGGCACGAGCAGCAUUCCAAACAGCUGCCUGUCCGGGGAGAUCUGGACCCUGGACGUGAGUUUGCGUUGCUUUGAGUGGGGCUAGGGGAUGCAUCUUUGUACCGACUGCUUAGGGCUUUUGAAGCACGCUAGGAAGUGUGGUUACCUACACUGUAGUAGCAACUUAAGUGUUCUAACUUAUGUAUUAAUAAACAAUAAACACUUUCAGACUGACAGUCCGUUACAACUUGACCAGCAAACUGA